AUAAUGCAACGCAAUUUACGCAGAGCUCACAGUAAUGGCGUCUGUGCGACACAAGCUCACAAGACCCACAAAAUGAAGCGACGGAGGGAAUAUUUGUGUUAGCCAAGGGCCUUAAGAAGGGUUUGUAGGCGCAGAAUUGCAGUGAGAGGCGCAAACUUGACAGGAGUUGAGGACUUUCAUCUGUUCAGCGCGAUGAUAAAGCUGAAGUCCAACCAGACGCGCACGUAUGACAGAGACGGCUAUAAAAAGCGCGCGGCCUGCCUGUGCUUCAGGAGCGAGCGCGAGGAGGAGGUGCUGUUGGUGAGCAGCAGCAGUCAUCCUGAUAGAUGGAUUGUUCCUGGAGGAGGGAUGGAGCCGGAGGAGGAGCCCAGUGUUGCUGCUGUCAGGGAGGUGUGUGAGGAGGCUGGAGUAAAAGGUACAUUAGGAAGAUUGGUAGGCGUUUUUGAGAACAGAGACAGAAAGCAUAGAACGUAUGUCUAUGUUCUCAUCGUCACUGAAGUUCUGGAGGACUGGGAGGAUUCAGUAAACAUUGGUAGGAAGAGAGAAUGGUUUAAGAUAGAAGAUGCCCGGCGUGUGCUGCAGUGUCACAAACCUGUGCAAGCAUCUUACUUUGAAGCCCUUCAGCAGGACUGUAUGACCAGCAAUGGCACAUCUCUAGUGGCCACUUAUAACAUUAAUCAAAACUCUCUCUCCAGCAUCAGAUAACUAUCACAACAAACACAGAAGCCUCUGCAAAAUUCUCCAUGAUUUUCUACCUUUUCCUUCCCGACUGAACUCUUAUUGCAACUAUCUCCAUCACGUUUUUUUUUUUUUCUUCUUCAGCACGUUAAUGGCUACAUCAAAUGAAAGCUGAUUGCCUUACCAGCCUUUUUUAGCGAUCACAGUCUGUGAGAUAAAAGUCAUAGAAUACUUUGCAAAUGACAGUUUGUCUGUUUCUUCUUACGUUUUAAUGAAUACUUGCAUGAGAUUCUCUUUUCCUAAUGCCAGGUUUACUGAAUGCAACCACACUUUUGUGUCUUGAAAUAAGUAGUGUUUAAAGAGAAAGCUGUCAGAAGUGUUUGUAAUGAUGUUGUGGUAAACGUUUGGCCCUUUCAUUCUGCAGUGUUUGCCUUUAGCCUCUAUGGAUAUGCUGUUAUAUAGAGUCGGUUGAGUUUUUGCAUGAAUCGCAUAUUCAUAGUCUUAGUUCUUUAAACCGCUAAACUAAAGAGAAAUGACGUCUUAAAUUGAUCAAAGUAGUUGAACUCUUAGUCUUAUCGCCAAUAUUACAUACUCAUGUUGGGGGGAUUUCUCUCAAACGCAGCUACUGUCAGGUUACUCUUCAGGAGCACAUUUGCAAAAUGUUCUAAUGUCAAUGUGGUUUAGUGGUUUGGUAGUUUGAUCAUUCAGGGUGGUUUUGAUUGAGAUUGUGGAAAUGUCUUUGCUGUCUGGAUAUGGUGGUUUUACUGGGUUUGCAAUCCCAGAUGUCCCAAUGAGAAAGGCGUGGCUUAGUGGCUAAAUGUGAUGCUGGUCGCUGAAGUUUCUGAGUGCACUGGUUUUGUUAUGGUACAGGAUUUGAUUUAUGACAGAAGGGAGGUGUGGAAGGACAUUCUGAACUUGUUCAAGUGAAAUGAGCCUGUGUAGGACACCAGUAUCAUAAAUCUCCCGGUCAGUGGUCAAACACACGACCGUCUCAGCAGCUGUUGAUGUCAGAUUCUUCCUCAUUCUUACAGUUUUUUUUUUUUUUUUUUUUUUUUUCCUGAAGGGUUUGUGCACCAGUAUUCAUAGCACAAUAGCAACAAUGUACACAUUUCUCAGUUUUAGUUGUGAUCAUUUCAGUUAAUUGUCUGUCCGCUCAUAAACUGUAACCAUAAAUCGUGUGUAUGUGCGUGUACAGUACGUGGGUUUGUACGUGUGAACUAAUGUGAAUAAUCAAAGGACUUGAUGCCAAGGUUAGCUGUCUGCCUAAUAAAUUGCCUCUCGUGCAAGAGGAUCGAUUUUGUUUGAAAUGUUUACAACUUGAUUGUAGUUUCUGUUCAGACACUGGAUAUUCACUGACCUCUUUUCAUUUGUUAUAGAUGACUGUUAAUGGUGCCGUUUCUUUUUUUUGAAAUGCACUUUUCUAGGUCUUAAUUUAGUUUGUCCUAAUUAUAAAUUGUUUCCUUUUUUUUAUUUGUUUAUGAUUUAUAAAAUUGUCACAAGCAUGUACUUCAAAUGAGAAUUGUUUAGCUCUUGAGUAAAUAUGUCUUAUCAGUAUUUCAAUGUUUUUCUCUUUAAUCAGAAAGCACAAAAGUUAGUGUAUUAUGGGUAACUUCAAAAUUACCAACUCUAAGAUGUUCUCCAUGGGCUAAAAACAGGACAAAUGUCCUAUUGUAAUAAGAUUAGUUUGCUAAACCCAAUCCAAAGCAGGUAUAAAACCAUUCUUUUUCAGUAGGAACUCAAAACCUGUGACCCUGUGACACAACAACAGCACGUGUAACAAGUCGUGGCAGAGAAUGCGGAUUCAUAUGAUCAAUCUCUGCACAUUUAUUGCAAUCAUUAGUGGAAUGUGAGUAAGCAAUGAUCAGAUCACUCUGCGUAUCAUUUCUCUGCAGGUCUUUGUAAUGAAAUAAUGCCAGGCUUGUCCUUGAAUUGUAAUUCCUGCUUUAUUUGAAAAAGAAAAGAAUCAGUUUUUACACUUACUAAAUUGUUUGUGUUGUACAAAGAGAUGUUUUGGUGUAAAGUAUUCAGCAUUUCUUGAGUAAACUGAAAACAUUUUAAGAAUCUCAAAA